AUGACAUUCCUUCCAAAGCGUUACCUUCGUGCCCCACGAUCCCCUCUUCAUCCCCACUCACGUCUUCCGAAUCUGGUUCUCGCUCUUUUGGUGUUUUUCCUCUUCGAUGCUUAUUGGAUCAUCAUCCAGCUUCCAAAUCCAAUACGUACUAUCACGCCUCCAUUUUCGGCGAUUAAUCCAUCGGAUUUGACGUCAAAUCAACGUGAAGCCCCCUCAUUACCAGGUCGGGAUUCUUUAUCAGUGGAAAGGCUUGGAGGGGAGGAGAAUCAAGAAUCAGUAUUAUUUAGUGAUGUUGAAAGUAGACAGGCUUUUCAGGGAUCUAAACCACAAAUGGGGAAUCCCAAUAAUGAAACCAUUUUCAUAGCAGCCAUAUUUCGUAGAUCUGAAAUAAUGCUCAGGCAAAAUUGGUCUCCGGCUCUUGUAUCCCUGGCUCACCAUCUGGGUCCCCAAAAUGUGUAUGUCUCGAUUAUUGAAUCGGGUUCGUGGGAUGGAACGAAAGCGGCGCUGAUGGAUUUGGAUGGGAUGUUAGGGGAGGCGGGGGUAGAAAGGACGAUUGAAUUGGGUAUGGAUCGUCUGGCUCAGCUUGAAGAAUUAAAACAUGUGCCAGAGGAGGGGCAGGAUAGAACUGGAUGGUUGCAUACGGGGAGGAAAGAAAGUGAAAGUGGGUGGGAAAUGAGACGAAUCCCUUAUUUGGCGAGAUUGAGGAAUAGAGCUAUGGAACCUCUCUUGAGGGUAUGGGAUGAAGGGAGGGGAAGGAAGUUUGAUAAGAUUUUGUGGAUUAAUGAUGUGGUUUUUACGACAACCGAUGUAACAACCCUACUCGCUACUAACAACAACCUCUAUGCAGCAGCCUGCUCCCUAGAUUUCUCCCUGCCUUCCCAAUACUAUGAUACCUUUGCCCUCCGUGACUCCUCUGGUCGAAAAACUUCAUCGCUUUCCUGGCCUUACUUCUACCCCUCACAAUCUCUAAAUGCAUUGAAAAGAAAUGACCCCGUGCCUGUCAAAAGUUGUUGGAACGGAAUGGUUGUUUUCGAUGGGGAGCCCUGGUAUCCUUCCUCUUCCAUUUCUUUAAAUUCGAAGAAAGAAUUCAAGGGUCUUAAAUUCAGAGGGGUUCCUGAUUCUCUUGCGGAAAAACAUGUAGAGGGUAGCGAAUGUUGUCUUAUUCAUGCGGAUAACCCGCUGAGAGAAAAGAAGGGGAUUUAUGUGAAUCCGAAUGUGAGGGUGGGGUAUAAGAGGGAGGUUUAUGAGAUGGUUAAUGGGAAGGGGGGAUGGCCUGGGAGAUGGGAGGCUGUGAGGGGAGUUUGGGGGGUUAGGAUGGGGUGGGUGAGGGAAUGGGGGAGUGGAUGGGUGGAGAGGGGACGGGUGGGGAGGAGAGUGCAAAAGUGGACGAAGGAGGGGGAAGGAGAGGAAUUGAGGGAAGAAUUGGGAUUGGAGUGUUUGAUCAAUGAGAUGCAGGUUUUGUAUCAGAGUGGGUGGAGACAUCUUUGA